AUGGCUUCUCCUUCCGCGCCAGCCGUAGAGAACGCCGGCGCAAGCGACGCAGAGCAAGCCGCGCCGGCCACCCUCACUCGACGCGACAGCACUUCCCAGCGGAGCGACAAUUCACAGACUGCAGCCGAUAUUCUUCGGGAGCAGGAGCAGCUUGAAGCUGAUGCGCGCGAAGCUCUGCCAUAUAGCAUCUCGAACUGCACCAAGGACCUUGGGGCGCUCCGUCAGAACGUGUACUCCUGCCUCACCUGCAACCCUCUGCCCGCCAACCCGACCGAUUCAUACAAUGCCGCAGGAAUCUGCUACGCGUGCUCGGUACAAUGUCACGGCGAACACCAGCUCGUCGAGAUCUUUGCCAAGCGCAACUUCACCUGCGACUGUGGCACGACACGUCUGCCUGCGACCAGCCCUUGCACCCUGCGCUUGAAUCCUACGACCAACGCCAAAGGUGACGUCCACUCCGAGGAGCCGGCUGCCAACAACAAAUACAACCAGAACUUCCGCAACAGGUUCUGUGUUUGCGAGUGCGACUACGACCCAUUCCAACAGAAAGGGACUAUGUACCAAUGCUUGGGGUUGGGUACACACGAGACGGGAGGUUGUGGCGAGGAUUGGUAUCAUCCCGGUUGCGUCAUGGGUCUCGGACCUAGGUGGUACGAGAAGAUGGAGGGGAAGAAACCUCAACAGGCCGCGGGCUCUCAGGGUGGCGCGCUGCCUUCAAUAUCGGAGGCGGCUGAAACAGAAGGUCAGAGAGGAGCUGAUGCGCCGACGGUCACGGCCAACGAAACCGGAGACGACGAUGAGGAGGAAACACCGAACCCUACCGGAUUCCCCGCUGAUGAGGACUUUGAGAGUUUCAUCUGCUUCAAAUGUGUCGAAACCGCACCUUGGAUCAAGCGCUACGCAGGCACUCCACGGUUCCUCCUCCCGGUCCACUAUAGGCCCGAGGGUGAUAUCGGACAAGACCCAUCCUCGGAGGGCGCUCCUGAGGACUUGGGCAAGAAGCGCAAGGCUGAAGACGAUUCUGAGGAUUCACAAGAGUCAAAGAGGCUCAAGGCCGAGCCGGAGGCCAUCAGCAACGCUGUUGCUGAACUUAAAACCGAAGAUGGUAGCACGAUUGUGACAGAAUCGGGAGUCAACACCGAGACAGAGCCUUGCAAGUAUGACACCUUGCCUUCAGCACCAGAGGGAACAUUUUCUUUGUUCUGCGCCGAGUCGUUUCGGGAUCGCCUCUGCAGAUGCGCCAAAUGCUUCCCCAACCUCGCACCACACCCACAGCUCCUCGAGGAGGAGGAAGUGUACGAGCCUCCCGUUUCCGAGGAUGGCUCCGAGAACGGUGGCUCGACCCACGGCAGUGGCAGCCUAUACGAGCGGGGCGAGAGUGCCCUACGCAACGUGGAUCGGGUGCGCGCCAUCGAGGGCGUCAUGGCCUACAACCAGCUCAAGGACAAGCUGAAGCCCUUCUUUCAGCAGUUUGCGGACAGUGGGCAGGCCAUCAGCGCCGACGACAUCAAAGAGUACUUUGCGAAGCUGCGUGGUGACGACGAGGCGAUCAAAGAGGCGGGCGAGUCUGCAAAGUCAGACCAUCGGCACGAGCAGGCUGGUUAUUGA